UCUCGUUCUCUGUGUUGUUGUUCUCGGUGACGCGACGGAGGUGUAGCCUGACGCGGUCUCUUACGUGUCGGCCUGAAUAAAAGUGGAGCUCCGAGGGCUCGAGAGUGACGAAGGGAGUCUGUAUCGGUAAGAGAGGAGGCAAGUGUCCGGAGGGAAAGGGCUAGCCUCGAACGGCACAUGGGUCUGGUUUGGGUUCGGCCCGUGGAAACAAAGAGAUCAUGGCGGCUGUCUGUAGUUGUUGCAUGCAGAGGGAGGGGAGGCAAACGAUUUUUUCCAGAGGGAGAACUAAUAGGAGUUGGUGGACAGUGUGAAGAUUCUCUCUAGGUGUCCCAUUUAUAGCUAACUCAAUGACCAUGGAGUCGGGAGCCGAUGCACAGCAGGGUGGAGAUGCCGCUGUUUCUGAAAAUGACAGCCAACAGAUCACCCAGGCCCAACUCGCCACCCUUGCACAGGUGACAAUGGCUGCUGGACACGCUAGCGCCACAGGGCCCACUGUCACGCUGGUGCAGCUGCCCAAUGGUCAGACGGUGCAGGUACAUGGAGUGAUUCAGGCUGCUCAGCCUUCAGUCAUUCAGUCACCACAGGUGCAAACUGUCCAGAUUUCUACAGUAGCAGAAAGUGAGGACUCACAAGAAUCUGUGGACAGUGUAACCGACUCUCAAAAACGAAGAGAGAUCCUUUCUAGACGACCCUCUUAUAGGAAAAUCCUGAAUGACCUGUCAUCAGACGCUCCAGGAGUUCCGAGAAUCGAAGAGGAGAAAUCUGAGGAGGACAGUGCGCCUGCCAUCACUACAGUGACUGUGCCAACCCCUAUAUAUCAGACCAGCAGCGGCCAGUACAUUGCUAUUACACAGGGUGGAGCCAUUCAGCUGGCUAAUAAUGGCACAGAUGGAGUGCAGGGGUUGCAAACCCUCACCAUGACAAAUGCAGCAGCCGCCCAGCAAGGCACUACCAUCCUGCAAUAUGCCCAGACCAGUGAUGGUCAACAGAUUCUUGUACCCAGCAAUCAAGUGGUUGUACAAGCUGCUUCUGGAGAUGUUCAGGCUUAUCAAAUCCGUACUGCCAACACCAGCACUAUUGCCCCAGGUGUGGUCAUGACUUCCUCGCCCUCCAUGCCAAGCCAAGGAGGCACCGAAGAAGUCACACGCAAGAGGGAAGUCCGCCUCAUGAAGAACAGAGAGGCUGCGCGUGAGUGCCGUCGGAAGAAGAAGGAAUAUGUCAAGUGUCUGGAAAACCGUGUGGCUGUUUUGGAGAACCAGAACAAAACGCUCAUCGAGGAACUCAAAGCUCUCAAAGACCUGUACUGUCACAAAUCAGAGUGACACAGCACCCGAUCUCCACACGUUUUGGUGGAUUUACACAUACAGAGACUGAAAGGCGAGUGAGCCAAACAUGGACGCAUGUUUUCUAAAUGUUUUUUUUUUAUUUUACAUUGCUACAGACUGCCUGUAUGAACACACAAGAACUUGAGGGAACAAAACAAAUGUCCCCUAGCCAAAAAAAAUCUCUUCUAAAUCAUUGGAUCAUGUCAUUAAAGAGAGAAAAUGCUGGAAAAACUUUACCGUGGACAUAAAAGCAGAAGAACAUUCUUAGCUAUCCUUACUCCUGGACUCAAGACUCAAGAGGAGGGGUUCAUGGGAAAUUUUUACCCUUUUUCCAGUGUGCUGGUGUAUAACUGAUCGACAACUUUUAAUAAAAGAGAUAUAAAUAAUAAAAAAUAACAAAUUAAGUGACAUCUCUAUAGUGCAGUAGAAAUCAUCUCUUAGCUUAGAAAUGGAGUUGACAUCAUUCCCUCAAGAGAUUUUAAGGUUUAAUGUGUCUGUUACUUUUUCUUGCUGUAUAGUGGUCUUGUGUUUUAAGUUCAUGUUUUUACCUUUUAAAUAUCGACUAGCUUUCAAAAGUACAUUAUAUAAAUGUACAUAAAUACUGAAAAUAUUAAUGUUGUACACAGAAUAAGAUUAUAGCCCAUGUAUAUUUAGAUUUUCACAGAUUUUUCUCAUUUUUUGGGUGAGCUAAAUUCACUAAUUCAUUUUUAUUAAUCUUCCCAUUGAGGUUACAGCAGUUGCACAAUCGAAUAAAAGAAGUUUUUUGGACAUUUAGUCACUUGAGUAUAAGUUCACGGUUACAAAAUUAGACAUUACACACAAACAUGAAUUUUUUUUGUGUGAUGAUUAACAAGAGUUAAGAUGAUUCUUGACAUUUAUGUUAAGCAUAUUUGGCAGAUUACUUAUGUUAUGCUUUGUAUAUCAUACUGCGUUCUAUCGCUGGCAUUAUUAGACUAAAGCAUGUUUUCUUAACAUAUUAUUGACUUUGAUAUCAUUAUAUGGUUAAUUUUCCAUUGCAUCACUACAAACAUGAAGACAGUGUCUUUGUAUUUGAUAACGUGAUCACACAUGUAAAGGUUAUAUGUUAUCAGUCUUUUAUGGCAUAUGCAUUUUGGCAGCUAUUUCAUAAAAAAGAUAUGUAAAAUCAGCUUUCUUUGUUACUUCUUAUUGUUUUAGGUUUGUCUGCAUUAAAUAAUUCUUAGAUUUUUUUCAGCCGGUAA